UGAUUUAGGAAUUAGGAUAAAUUACUUAAAUACAAUUACGGACGGAUCCCUACAGGCUACUUGUAUUUGUUUAUUUUGGAAUAAGAAUUUGACGCGAAGAAUAUUUAUCCUAAAAUGGCAGCGCCUGGAAAAUGCAUUUUUGUUUCAGGCUCCCCAGGUGUGGGGAAGACAACUUUGAUAAUUAGAGUUUUGGAAAAUCUGAGAGCUUCAAAUCCCAAUUUGAAGGUCCAAGGUUUCUAUACUCGUGAAAUCAGGCAAGAAAACGAGAGGGUUGGUUUUGAGGUGAUUACUAUGAAUGAUCAAAGAGGUACUCUUGCUUCUAUUAACAAUCCCAGCCCCGAAUCUGCGAGGUGGCCUACUGUUGGAAGAUAUCGGGUGGAUAUAGCUUCGUUUGAAACUGUAGCUUUGCCGGAGUUGCAGAUUAAAGAAGAUACACACUUGUUUGUAAUUGAUGAAGUUGGAAAGAUGGAGUUGUAUAGUUCAUCAUUUCUUCCUGCAGUCUUGAGACUCUUGGACUCCAAUAUCCCUCUCUUGGCUACUAUACCAAUCGCAAGACAUGGUCGAGAUAUACCCGGAGUUGCAAGGCUGAGAAACCAUCCCAGGGCAACCAUCUACACGAUUAACCCUAAUAACAGGGAUGCACAUACGGAAAGGGUUUACUCUCAUGUGGUUGAUCUUUUCGCUAAGAAUUAGAAUCUACAGACAUGUGAAUAUGCGACGGUGUCUUUAGAGAUGGAAAAUCGUGUUCGAUAAGAAGCUCCAACUUAGUAUUCUUUCAUCCAUUUUGUUACUCCGUAGAAUAUAUGUUUAUGUCAAUUAAUUGAUGCAUGUAAGCACUGAGCAGGGAAGUUAGACAUUACGACUUUACGAGUUGUAGUUUUCUAUGUGUUCUUGGGGCCUUGGUUUGCCCCACUUCAAGCAUUUUGAAAAUACUGAAGAUUUGUUUAUCGUUUAUCACAACCUUCUUUUAGUCGCUCAAUUUUGAAAUCUAAAGAAUUGUAAGUUGUAGAAUUUUAUCAAUACAUGGGGAUUUAUAUGUUUACUCCGUA